AUGAAGAAUAUCCAGCUCAGCCUCCUUGCCAUCCUCCUCCAGGUCUCUCUCUUCGAGGCCAAGGGGUACAAAAAGAACAUUCCGACUUAUGAGGUCGGGCCUGAUGCCAAGAUUGACGGCAGGAGCAUCACCUACAGAGACCCUGACUGCGAGGAGGGUCUUGACUGCACAGUCACAAGGACCUGCAGCUCUGCCGGGACGUCUCCCGUCCUCAGCGCGGACAAGAAGUACUUUGCCUGCUGCCUCGCGGGGACUCGUCUUCUGGGAAGUCCGCAGACAGCAUUUGACUGCUGCGCCGAUGGCCACGACCUGGUAGGGAGCGCUGCGGUCGGCUACCACUGCUGCCCUACCGGGUACGAGUUCGACGGGCACAUGUGCAACGAAGUCUGCAAGAACGGCAAGGUGCUCGUCGGCGGCAAGUGUGUCUGCCCCGAGGGCACGUCCGAGGGUCCCGACGGAACCUGCAAGGAGAAGGCCAAGUGCACGUCUGGCCUGGAGACGGGCAAGUGCUACAUAUUCACUGCGGAGAACGGCAACAGACUUGGCCUCCGCAACGACAACGUCUACUACGCCGCCCCGGACAGCAUGAUCCAGCGGUACGGCAAGUUCCAGCUCUGCGGCGACGAGAAGUGCACCGCCGGCCAGGCCAUCAACCCAUCAAACGAGAUCUACAUCCGUGAUACGUACGGCGACUUGGCCACGGGUGCGCACAACGGCCAAUGGCUCAACAACGCCGCCAACGGCAACCACAUUGGCCGCACGCCGGCCUUUGCCAACGCCGGCCACUUCUCCAUCAGCAAGUGGCCCUGCGGCAAGUACUGCCUUGGUGGCUUCACCCAGGGCAUUGGCCCUGCUUGUCCUGCCGAGAUUCCCGCCAUGACGUUUUAUUCGCAGGAUCCGCAGAUGUGCGUUGCCUUCCAGUUUACCGAGGUGCCUUGCAACAUCAAGGCGGACGAGAACAACUGCAUCUGGAAGAACGGAGACCAGUGCUGCAACAGGGUUGACUGCGGCAAGAAAGGUGAAUAA